UAUGUCUCAAUAGGUAAAGCAGUUGCUCAUAAUUGUGAGCCAAGAUUGACAUUAAAAGAAGUGUUGAGGGCAUCAGCUGGGGUUAUGGGCGAGAGUCAUUUAGGGAUGACUGAGAAAGUUGUGCUUUUAAAAGGGAAAAUUUGUGCUCUGAAGAGAUUUAGAAAAGUGGUUGUGAAAAUGAAUGACUUUGGGAGAAGAAUUGAGAAGUUUGCUAGGGUUAGUAAAGAUUGCAAACAACUUGUUCCAAUCGCAGCUUAUCUCUACUCAAAGAGGAUCAAAUUUGUUGUUUGUGAUUACUAUCCCAUGGGUAGUCUUGCUGAUUUACUUGCAGGAGCAAGGGAUCUAGGCCAAACUGCACUAGACUGGAAACAACGUUUGAAAAUAAUUCGAUGCAUUGCUCAUGGCAUUGCAUUCAUCCAUUCUCAAAAUCCCCCAAAAGAUCAAAAGGACAUACAACUAAAUGUCCAUGGUAAUGUUAAGGCAUCCAAUGUCAUGAUCAACAUCGAUUUCACUGCCUGUCUUUCUGACUAUGGCUUCGUGCAAUUAGCAGAGAGAACAGAGUUUUCCGAUACUUGGCCAAAAAAGCCAUCCCCUCUUGAACAAUAUGCAUAUUCUGAAUUGCUAAGCCAGAAAGAUGAUGUUUAUAAUUUUGGGAUUAUUUUGUUGGACAUACUAGGAAGGCAAGGGAUGAAGAAAGAAGAGAUGGGAAAUGGGGAGUUCGAAUUGUUUGUACAAGGGAAAGAAAGAAAACAAGUUGAUAAUGUAUUGAACAUAGCAUUGAGAUGCAUAUAUACUGAUCUAGAGGCUAGGCCUACUAUGGAACAAGUAGUGAUAUACCUAGGAGAUAUAUUGAGGGUGAGAAAUUACUCAAACGAGCGCAACCCUCGUGUUUAGUUUCCAUCGUUGAGCGUGUGUGUUUUUUCGAGUGUAAAAUAUAUGGAUGAAAAAUAUGCACAUAUAGAUGUUUUGAUGUUACAUGAAUAUUCAUCGUGUAUGCUUUGAAGCAUAUAACAAUAAUAAUGUCUCAUUCCUGAGCAAAUAGGGAUGAGGUAUGCUUUGAAACACACAUGAUGAAGAAAAGUCU